GGAAGUGAACAUUUGUGACGUCAUAGCUCUACUGAAACUCAACAUUCGGUUCGCUAUGAUUAUUCAUUCUUGGCCGUGUGAGUGUGAUUGUAAAUAUUCAUCUACAUGUUCUUAGCUCUCGUAUAAGGUGAGGUGUUGUUUUGAGAUCGUUCGUGGAUUUCUCCAUUUUUUGUGGUUUACAUUGCAGUACUAAGGGUUCAGGAUUAUUCCCACCUUUAAAACCAGUGUUGAAAGUUUCCCGAAAUUGUGUAGAUCACACGUUUACGAUCAAUUUGUGGCUGUGCUAUUAGUAGGCCUACUCUAAAUACAAACAACGAGCUCCAUUUUCAUUCUAAUUGAAAUUUGUCUCUUAGCAAUUCAAAUUUUUGAUAAUUUCAUCAGGUUUGAGAGUUAAUUCAACUAAAAUGUACUUUUAUUCGACAAUAAUCACCUCUGAAAAAACGUUUCUUAUCUGUGUGUACCAAAAUUUACGUCUGAUAGUGAAUAAUUUAGUGAAAAGUGUUGCCGAAUUUGCCAUGUCAAACGAUGAACAUGACAUCAUCCACUAAUGUCGAGACGGGCUGUCUGUCUGUGUGUGGAAAGAUAACUGAAUAUGUGUUCUGUUUAACACCUGUUAAAAAUGGCAAGUGUCUAGAAUGUAAACAUGUCAAAAUUCAGGUUGUUGAGAGAGACUAUGCCAGUGCUGAUGAAUUUCACAAAUAUAACCGGAUUUUAUUUGAAGCAGAGGAGAUAAAAAAGGAGCUGAAGGAUGGGGAGCAGGCCGAAGAGGAAGCAGCAUCAUCGGCGCUGCCUAUGCCAAAGGACAGCAACUGCAAUUUCACAGCAGAACGCUAUUUCCUGCCGUUCGAGCUGGCCUGCAAGAGCAAAACAGCCAGGAUAGUUGUGACGGCUCUGGAUUGUCUACAGAAACUGAUUGCUUACGGACACCUGACAGGUAAUGUCCCUGACUCAGAUGCUCCUGGGAAAUUGCUGAUUGAUAGGAUAGUGGCGACCAUCUGCGACUGCUUCAAUGGAACUCAAACUGAUGAAAACGUCCAGCUGCAGAUUAUCAAAGUGAGUAAUUCAUUCAUUCAUUUGAUUGACCAGACAUAUAAUAGUCAGAAACGAAAAUUCACUUGAAAGAUUUCAAAUCGUAAUAGUCUUG